UCACCACCCUUUACCGCACUCUCACUUUACAAACCCCCAAAAUUUCAACUUUCCAUCUCUGUCCCUCCGAUCACCCUAUUCCACCCUCCGUACGAUGGCACUUUCCGUUAAUAAUCUCGUAAAAUUACGCAAAUACCCUUUCAUUGCAUUCCUCUUCUUCAUAAUCCUCUUCGUCACAUUCUUCAUCUUAACCACCAACACCUCUCAACCACCACUCCGUCAACCUUCCGUCACAAAAACAAUCCCUACAACACCAUCACCGUUACCAUUACCGUUACCGUUGCCGUUACAGGAAACAGUGAGUAAUGAUAGUACGGAAACUGUGAUUAAUAGUGAAUUGGAUGAUAGUGAUAGUGGUGAGGGUUUAGGGUAUGAAUGGAAGGUGUGUACAGGUUCUCUGGCUGUGGAUUACAUACCGUGUUUGGAUAACCGGAAGGCGAUAAAGGCGCUGCGAUCGAGACGGCAUAUGGAGCAUCGAGAGCGGUAUUGUCCGAAACCGAAUCCGAAAUGUUUGGUUCCGUUGCCUGAUGGAUACAAAGUGCCGGUUCAUUGGCCUAAAAGUAGGGAUAUGAUAUGGUUUGACAACGUCCCACACCUUAAGCUUGUCGAAUACAAAAAGGAACAAAACUGGGUUAAAAGAUCUGGUAAUUAUCUUCUUUUUCCUGGAGGAGGUACUCAAUUUAAAGAGGGAGUUAAUCAUUACAUCCAAUACAUUGAAAAGAAUCUACCAAAAAUCGGUUGGGGGAAGCGCACAAGGGUGAUUCUCGAUGUCGGUUGUGGUGUUGCUAGCUUCGGUGGAUAUUUGCUGGACAAAAAUGUUAUAACAAUGUCAUUCGCUCCGAAAGAUGAACAUGAAGCUCAAAUACAGUUUGCUCUAGAAAGAGGAAUUCCCGCCACGCUCUCGGUAAUUGGAACACAAAGACUGACUUUUCCAGAUAACGCAUUUGAUUUGAUUCACUGUGCACGAUGCAGGGUGCACUGGGAUGGAUACGGUGGAAAGCCGUUGUUGGAGUUAAACAGAGUUUUACGGCCCGGGGGCGUUUUUAUCUGGUCCGCUACACCCGUUUACCGUGACGACGAAAGAGAUAAAAAAGUCUGGAAAGCCAUGGUAGCUCUCACAGAAUCUAUUUGCUGGAAGGUAGUGGCUAAAAGUUUCGAUUCAUCCGGAAUCGGGCUGGUUAUAUAUGAAAAGCCUGUUUCAUCUUCCUGUUACAAAUCGCGUAAAGAAAACAAUCCACCGCUAUGCGAUGAAAAUACCCGGCCCAAAACUUCAUGGUAUACACCUCUUGACGGCUGUAUUUCCGCAAUUCCAAUAACAAAUACAUGGCCUACACCUUGGCCUCAAAGGCUCAAUAGUAAACCGUUAAGUCUUUCAACCGAUCCAGAAGCUGAACGGGUCUUUCACGAGGAUACCAAACACUGGUCUGAACUUGUAACAAAUGUUUACAUAGGAAGCCUUGGUGUGAACUGGUCAAAUGUGCGGAAUGUAAUGGAUAUGAACGUCGGUUAUGGCGGGUUUGCUGCUGCUUUGAGUGAUCUACCUCUAUGGGUGAUGAAUAUUGUUUCUGUUAACGGGCCCGACACUUUGCCGGUAAUAUUUGACAGAGGGCUGAUUGGUAUUUACCAUGACUGGUGCGAAUCGCUUAAUACCUACCCUAGAACUUAUGAUCUUCUGCAUUCCAGCUUCCUUUUCGGCAACGUAACCCACAGGUGUGACGUGUUGGACGUUGUAGUUGAAAUGGACCGCAUAUUAAGACCAGGCGGGGUUGUGAUAGUGGAAGAUAACAUACAAAUGUUAAACAAGUUGAAACAUAUUUUUCGGUCACUUCACUGGUCAACUAGCUUACAUCAGCAGCGAUUCCUAGUUGGUCGGAAAGGUUUUUGGCGUCCGGAAACCAAAAGAUAAACAAAAGUUUCUCACUAAGUAUUAUGUAUCAUCUACCUUUAAGUUAUUAAACCAUGAUGCUCAAAAAAAAAAAAAAAAAAAAAAAAAAAAAAAAAAAAAAAAAACCAGAAAUGGAAUAACUUUUUUUUAUUUAUUUUUAUAUGAAAUGUCAGUCAAAUUAUAUCAUCAA